AUGCACCGGAACGCGUCGGUCAUCGAGGCGGCCAAUGCAGCCAUGGGGAUAGUGGACACAGCGGCUACGCUUGUGGUCGACACAUAUUUCCAUGUUGUGGCACUCAGCAAGAACGAAUCCGAUGGCUACAUCCCGCAGGCGGCCAUGACGAAGCAGCUGCAGGUGAUGAACGCGGCGUACCAGCCGUACGGGAUCCAGUUCAACCUCAAGGGCACCGACUGGACCAUUAACAAGCGCUGGGCAGUCGACAAGAAGACCAAGAGGAUGAAGGCGGCGCUACGCAAGGGGGACUACAAGACGCUCAACAUCUACUUCCAGAAGCGCCUCAAGGACGACAACCUCGGCUACUGCUACUUCCCCCGCGGCCCGCCCAAGCCAGGCUCCAAGAAGUUCAUCCGGGAUGGGUGCUCGAUCGACGGUGCAUCGGUCCCUGGAGGCGCGUACACCGGCUACAACCUUGGCCUGACGGCCGUGCACGAGGUCGGGCACUGGUUUGGCCUGCUGCAUACCUUUGAGGGACAGAACUGUGCCGGCACGGGCGACUUUGUGGCCGACACGCCACAGCAGAUCAGCGCCACCGUCGGCUGUCCAGAGGGCAGAGACUCGUGCCCGAGCAGCCCUGGACUCGACCCCAUCCACAACUACAUGGACUACUCGACGGACGCAUGCUACACCCAGUUCACCGAGGGCCAGCGGCAGCGCAUGAUUACCAUGUACAACACGUAUCGCAAGAAUUCUUGA